GCUAUUGCUGGUCAACCUAGCUUGCUGUUGUCAGGAAAGUUCAGAGGGGGCUGUUCAGUAGCAACACAAAUAGUUGAGCACCUGUUUACUAACCACGAUUAGUGUUUGCUAGACGACGGGACUGCAUAACAAUGAAAGAAGACAAAGAAAAUACUCGUCCGAGAGAGAAAAAAGUGGAGAUUAAAUGUGAAGAAAAUGAAAAGCCCGAUAAGCCAUGUAAAGAGAGAAAGGAGGCAAUGACCAAGAUUAUCAUCCGACGUCUCCCUCCGAGUUUAACAAAGGAGGAAUUACAAGAGCAGCUUCAACCCUUGCCUGAAGUUGACUACCUUGAGUUCUUUUCCAACGACACUAGCCUAUUCCCACACCUCUUCUCCAGAGCAUACCUAAAUUUCAAGAAUCAAGAUGACGUUGUACUCUUCAGAGAUCGCUUUGAUGGAUAUGUCUUUAUCGACAGUAGAGGUCAGGAGUAUCCAGCAGUUGUGGAGUUUGCUCCAUUCCAGAAAAUUGCCAAAAGGAGGAGCAAGAAAAAGGAUGCCAAAAUUGGAACAAUUGAAGAAGAUGGUGAUUACAAGAAGUUCUUGGAGUUGUACAAUGGAGACGAUGAGAAGCUGACCUCUACACCAGAGACUCUGCUUGAGGAGAUAGAGGCUAAAACCAAAGAACUUAUUGCUAAGAAGACCACUCCUCUCUUGGACUUCCUUAAGAAUAAACAGAGAAUUAGGGAGGAGAAGAAAGAAGAGCGGAGAAGGAGGGAGCUGGAGCGAAAGCGCUUGCGGGAUGAAGAACGACGCAAGUGGAGAGAGGAGGACAGACGGAAGCGGAAGGAUGUGGAAAAAUCAAAAAAAGGAGACAGAGCCUCUGAAAAGGACAAGGAACAGUCUAAGGAAGAGCCCAAGAUCAAGCUCCUGAAGAAGCCUGACAAAGCUGAUGAGGGGGAGACUGAGAAGCCCAGAGAGAAGGUGAAGAGAGUGGAGCGAGAGAAGUUCAAGGAGGACCGAGCUCCUGGAUGCUCUGACAUUAAGAAACGCCAGAAUGGAGAAAACCGAGAGGACAGGCCAAGAAAGUUGGAUGAAGAGGGCCGCAAAGACUACAGAGAUCGGGAUGCAGACCAGCUGAGAGAGCGAGACCGGGAACGCCGCCAGAAAGAGAAGGAGCGAAUCAGACGACAGGAUGAGGACCGGCGUAGGAGGAGAGAUCGCCAUGAUGGAGAGAACACCUUCAAGAAGCGAGACGAUGAGGGGAGGAAAGAUAGAGAGCGUUGGGAGAAACGGAGAAAUGAAAACAGUGGGGAAUCCUCCAGUCAUGCCGAUAAACCAGACAAGUCUUCCAAAGACCACAAGAAGGAAGAAGGUCUCAAAAGAGACAAGCUGAGGAACAAGGACCGGCCUGCCAUCCAGCUCUACCAGCCCGGUGCCAGGAGCCGCAACCGGACCGGAGGGCCAGCGGGCGACACUCAUGUGGCCAACAAGAAGGCUGACGGUGAAGGCAGGAACACCCAGGAGAAGGGGGAGGAGUGAACAGGCUUAGAUACAUCAGCGCUAGGCCUGUUGGCCAAGGCAGAGGGGCUUUUGCUCAGGUGCAAAGGGUGUUGCAAUGGGAUGUGUUGGGUGCCCACGACAUUUGCACCUCUAGGACUGGGCAGUUCCUCACCCUCUAGCUCCCUUUUUGGAAAGAUGGCAAACAAAGAUGGAUAGGCCCUCAAGUGCCUGAAUGAACCACUCUUGAUUGUGUCAAUGAGAAAGGCAAGGGGAAAAUGCAAUCCAUUAAGGAUGGAUAUAGCUGAACAUUGGGUUAGGAGAAAGGAAAAACCAAAGUCAUUUCACAAUGUCAGCUCAGAAGUGACCUUACUGUUUAUACAUAGCCAAAAUCGCUGCACCAUACAGCCACACAGUGUAUUCAAAAGGUACUUCUGUAAGCUUAGAGCACAUUCCUGUUUUAGUAAUGCAAGAAGACAUGGAAAGAGUUCUGCAGUAUUUCACUAGACAUCCAUUGUAAACUUUACUUUGCUUCCCUAGGCUUUAUGUCCCAAUUAGAACCGUUCUGUGAGUCUUUAGAUGACCUACUUGCCAUUAUCCUCUGUCUAUUUCUGAGAGCCAUGUUUGUCAUAUUACUAAAUUCUGAUAUAAGCAUUUGCUCUUGUCAACAUUUUCCAUCCUUGGAUGCAAACUAUCAGGCUAGGACCAUACUCAGUGGCCUUCUCUACCCUUGCAGAUGAGGGAUUGCUCAUGUGCAAAAUAAUGCUGCACCACAUCAAACCACAAACUUCUUCUCACUCAUACUUUCCUUAUACCCUUAGCUAGCCAUAAUUUACAUAAUUACACCAGUUUAAGAGGUCAUUAUAUUUUACUUUUAUGAUUGCUACAGCCAUGUAAACACAAAACUGAAUGAGAUUUUUUUUUGUAAUAAACCGUUGAACAUCA